GGCAAAUGUGAACGAUGCGGCGCGUAGAACGAACCCUUAUGAAUUUGUCCAUUGGACUACUAGUUUUUGUUUACUUUUUUCGAUUUCAGCAGGCGGUAACCUCUCUUAGAUGGAAUAAAUAUGUCAAUCCUUUCUAUAACGUGACGCAUCCAACAACAGAGAUGAUUUCCCACCAGCGAUUACCGUCCUCAGGUGAUAUAUCUCACAGAUUCUCGAAACGUUUGACCCUGAAGAAUUUUGCGGCCUACCCAAAUUCGGUUCAGAGAGAGGUUUCAUUCAUGGAGGCUUCACACUUACAAAUGGAUCCCGGUCAUCCGCCUCAGUCCACUGCAUGGACACCUUACGCCAUCCAAAGAACUAGGCCACCAGCUCAGAUUGAUACCAAAUCGUUUCAAAAGUCAGGCUUAUAUGGAGAAAAGCCCUUCCGAUCACACUCUUCAGAUCAUCUGAAAGACAUGGUUUGGAAUGAGGAAGGCCAGUUUUGGGGAUAUCGUCCACAGAGAGAUGAAUAUGAGCAUAUGGGUGACCAGUUCCUUUGGCCAUACGAUGCUGGACCGAGAAUGGAGAGUGAUGCAUCAUGUAUACCGCCAUUUUGCAUACCCAUUGAUUGCGCUGAACCAAGUGAACCUCGGUGCAGGAAUCGCAAAAUUCUUGUCUCAUGCACCGGAUCCAACUGCCUCGGGAAUUGUUCCAGUCCACAAACGUGUGGACAAAAUAUUACAUGUUCCGAUGGUCUCAGUGGUGCUGAAUGUCACGUGAUGAAUAGGUCAGUUUGCCUGGAACGGUAUGGUGCACAAUGUAUCUUUGGAUGCAUUCACACUGGAAUCACUUAUCAGUGUGUCUGUAACCCUUGGAGUUCAGCGGCAAACAACACUUCCUGUUUUUCUAUCGAUUUAGACUUAUUUCAGUGUCCAUUGGGUUGCAAUGGUAGGGGUAGAUGUGACAUGCGGAGCAAAGAAUGCCGUUGUGAACCUGGUUUCUCGGGGCUGGCUUGCGAACACACACAAGUCUGUCCUCAAGGCUUGACCGGAUCUGACUGCCGUCUAGACAUAGACGAAUGCUUGAGUGGUGCCGCUGGCUGUGAACAACGGUGCGUGAAUUUAUACGGAUCAUUCAGGUGUGAAUGCUUGCCCGGUUAUCGGGUUGAUCCAAUCAAUCACAGGAAGUGCGAGCCAAGUGAGCAAUGUUCGCAUAGGUGUGCCGCAGAUCAAGGGACGUGUGAUGUACAUGAUCGUUGCAUUUGUAACCAUGGUUUUCAGGGAGAAUGGUGUACCGAAGAUGUGAACGAAUGUGAACAGAAUUUACACAAUUGCGAACAUAUAUGUGUGAACACACGUGGUUCAUUUGAAUGCCAGUGUUACCCGGGUUACAAACAAAGUCCACAGAAUGAGACUAUGUGCAUUCCAGUUGAUUGUGAUCCGAAAUGCGUGCCUACCCAGGGUACGUGUGGACCGGAUGGAACUUGUGUUUGCUUUCCAGGCUUCGAGGGACCGGACUGCGGUCUAGAUGUAGAUGAGUGUACUAUCGGGAAAGAUCAGUGUGAACAUCACUGUGUAAACACACCUGGAUCUUACUACUGCGUUUGUGAAGUAGGCUAUCUGCUAGAUCCUGUGAACCGCGUCCGGUGUCUGGCAGACACGUGUGAUCCAUCCUGUGCAAAUGCGGAGGCGGAGUGCUACCGACGGCGUUGUAUCAAUGGCGUUUGUCGCGUUGUGUAUAUCAACGCCACUCAACGAACUCAAUGCGAAUGUGACCCUGGUUUUCAGGGAACACGUUGCGAAGAGGAUAUAGACGAAUGUACUACCCACACCAACAAAUGUGACCAGUUGUGUCGCAAUACGCAUGGAUCAUAUUCGUGCGAUUGUAUGCCGGGUUAUCGGUUGGGCCCAGACGGUUUUUCUUGCUUCCCAGUCAACAAGUUUUGUCACCCAGAGUGCAUGAAUGGAGGAGAAUGUCUACCGGACGGGCAAUGUGCAUGCCAGCCUAAUUUCGAGGGUCCUAGAUGUGAAUUUGAGGUGAAUCUGUGCCAGAAGCUGAAGAAUUGUGAACAUCAUUGUGUGACAGAAAAGGACGGAACGUCUCGUUGCCUCUGCCGACCAGGAUACCAACUAGCAGAAGACGGACGUUCGUGUAAACUCAGCGAAGAGUGUGUUCAACCGUGCCAGAACGGCGGUCAAUGCUUCCGUGGUCAGUGUUUGUGUAAAUCCGGUUUCGAGGGCCUCCACUGUGAAAGAGACAAGGACGAAUGUGCUCUUCCAGCUGCCGUGCACGGAUGCACCUAUGAAUGUCGCAACACGUUUGGUUCAUACGAAUGUGUAUGCCCAGACGGAUAUAAUCGAUUGGCCGACAAAAGAACAUGUGUGCGUUCUCAUACUGGAGCUGAAUGCAGUCCCGUCUGUCGUAAUGGAGGCGUGUGUAAAGAAAGGAAUCGAUGCGAGUGUCUACGCGGCUACAAGGGACCCGACUGCGGCACAAAGGUGAACGAAUGUGAAGAAUACAAGCCGUGCGAUCCCAAUUACGCCGAAUGUCGUAACACCCCAGGUGGAUUCGAGUGUGUUUGCCACCCAGGGUAUCGACUGAUGGUAGACGGCCGUCACUGUAUAGAGGAAGCUCGAACGCGUCACGCACCGCAUUUGGUUUUCCGCGGUCGGGGUCAGAAAGGUAUUGUUGUUGCAAACCGAGUGCAGGCGUCGGCGCCUGCGGUUGGUCGUCAGACUGUACGUCGUAAACGGCGAACUGCCGAAGCAUUGAAACACCUUCGUGCUGGAGAAUACAGAAAUCCGAGAAGGCUACAUAAGGCGAACAGAAGAGCUGCGCUCAAAGGUGACCCAGAGAAGACGCGUACAAAACGUGGUCGGAUCCUCUCCUUUACUGUUUUCCGUUCCGGAUAGCGAAGCUGAGCGGUCACAAUUUCCUUGUUGUAUAUGUUGAAAAAAUUGAUUAUGACGGCCUAUGUAAGUCUAUAGCACAUUUGUGUACAUACACCAAACACGUUUCGUCAUAUUGGAUAAAGAACACUGUAUUUCUGGUUGUUACACUACCACAAUAACCGAAGAUGUACAAUGAAUAUAUACGGGUU